AUGAAGUUUUCCAUCAUCAGCGGCGCCUCCACACUCUUCUGCAUCUUAGCGCCAGUGAAAGCUUUUGUAAUACCGCCAGUGCGAGCUCUAUUACCAGUUCUAUUACCAGUGCCUGACCCGAACCGAGAAUUCAGAUUCCACUGCCCAAAUGGUCCCAUAUACUCAAAAGCUCAAGCCAUGGAUAUUGUUCUGUCGGCCAGGGCAGUUAUGCAGACCGAUAGAACAGAUGAUCUAUAUCCUUUUGUAUUCACUAGUCUUAACUACAAUGUUCCCGGAACAGUAUGGUAUUAUCCCAUGGCAGAGGGCCCAGGUCCACAUGAUUUCGUUGUAUUCAACACAGACAAUGAAAUAGUCGGCCUAAACAGCCGCACACAUUAUGGUGAAGGCCCCGAUGUCAUUGAAAAUUGUAGAUUUGAGUAA